GGGGUGGUGCCGGUCUUGCCCCGGAUAAGAUCGCGAUUGUGUCGAUGAAGUGAUGUGAGUUUAACGGGUGAGUGAUCGGAUUCGCUUUUCGUUUGGUGGUCAGUAGUUUUUAACGUAAUUCAAUGACUGACAGGCGCCAAUAAGAGUUAUGGACACACCACGAUACAAUUACAAUGCCAACAUAACAUAAUGUGAAGAGAUGACUUCCACUCCUCUCACAACAAGCCCGUACCUUUACCCUUCGAAGCGACCUCCUGACACCGAAAAAAUAGAUACCAAAUACCAUGCUAACAAGACAAAACAUCCGAGCGAGCUUAUGAUGCUGGUAGACGACUUUAGCGAUUAUUUCUAUGGCAAUACGAGUCACGAGUUCAGCGGGCACAAUGAAACUCUAGAGAUCCUGAACGAUGUAUAUUCCAAUUGCACUUUCAAUGGGACGUUUAAUAUCUCGUGUUUCGGCAAAGUCGAUGUGGUCCCGCAGUAUAAUUUGUGGGCGUUAUUGCUUCUGAUUUUUCCAUUCUUCACGUUGUUCGGGAAUGUGUUGGUUAUAAUGAGUGUGGUUCGCGAACGAACGCUGCAAACUGUGACGAAUUAUUUCAUUGUGAGCCUGGCGGUAGCUGACCUCUUGGUGGCAGUCGUGGUGAUGCCGUUCGGAGUUUAUUAUUUGGUGCACGGAUCAUGGGGUCUCCCGGCGUUUGUGUGUGACGUGUACAUAGCAAUGGAUGUCACAUCAUCAACGUCGAGUAUAUUCAAUCUAGUGGCCAUCUCAGUUGACAGGUAUAUAGCAGUAACGCAGCCAAUCAAAUACGCUAAACACAAGAACAACCGGCGAGUGUGGUUCACAAUAGUGCUAGUGUGGAUGAUAUCAGCUGCUAUCGGGGCCCCAAUAGUCCUGGGCCUCAACGACACGCCAGACAGAAACUACGACGAGUGCCUCUUCAACAGCCAGAACUAUGUUCUGUACUCCUCGCUCGGAUCCUUCUAUAUCCCCUGUAUCAUGAUGAUGUUCCUGUAUUAUAAUAUAUUUAAGGCGUUAAGGAAUCGUGCUAAAAAGCAGCGAGCGGCGAAGAAGCCCCCAAUAGCUGGGGAGCCCCUCACCGGCACCACUACAGCUGUGGUGAUAGAGAACGUGGCGCAGACGAGGCAGCUGGAAACCGCGAUAGAUGACAGACCGACCAACACGGGCUCUGGGAGCAACGAGGAUGAUCAUGAAGAUAGCUUCGACAAACGCUCGAUGGAGUUAGAGGCGGAUGCUGAUGAAUGUCACGUGAUCCCAAACGACAAGUCCACGGAAUUCAUGCUGGCCACCGUCACUGAGGAAACUGCAAAGACUCCAAGAAAGAAACUAAAAUCACAAACUCUUCAAGAUCCAAAUGGGAAUAACGAUUCAGGUUAUGUGCCUUCCAAUCUAGAAGAUACGAUAAGAGAACAUGUGUCACCACCUGCAUCACCGGCCGUAAGAGAUGCCACAGUGCUCAAAAACAUGGCUUGUGAGAGAUGGAAGAAAAAUGGGAAACGAGUUGAGUCUGACUCCAGGAAUGCUUCAAUAGCUUUCCGCUCAGACGACGACCUCGGUUCCAGCCAUUAUGACAUUCGAGACGGCACCAACAGUAAAAAGGAAAGAAAAGCGAGCUCCACGGCCCGUUUCACUAUUUACAAGGCUAAUAAGGCAAGCAAGAAGAAACGGGAAAAGUCGUCAGCUAAGAAAGAAAGGAAAGCCACAAAGACUCUGGCUAUUGUUUUAGGUGUUUUCCUCUUCUGCUGGACGCCGUUCUUCACGUGCAACGUGCUGGAUGCCAUCUGCGCCAAGUUUGGCCUCCAAUUCUCCCCUGGGGUCACGGUCUUCAUACUAAACACCUGGCUCGGCUACAUCAACUCUUUCCUCAACCCGGUCAUCUACACUAUCUUCAACCCUGAGUUCAGGAAAGCCUUUCGAAAGAUCCUCAGGUGCAGCACCUAGCGUAUGGACUAUGUGAUCGUUUUUAGGCAAUAGAUCUCGUUAUAUAACAAAUGUAUAUACACCUACAACGAACGUUCUAGAGAUCUUGACGGCGAGAGUAAUUGGUAGGGAAUAGCAUAUCAAAUUAGUACUUUGAA